GCACGCUGCAUCGAAUUUCGUUUGAUAUUUCAUUCAAGAUCAAAUUUCCAAUUAAUUCCCUUUUAGGAAAUUUUCCUUAACCCGGCAGAGGCUUGCAUAUAGCCACUCUUCUUUGAAUGAUUAAAAUCCAUGCACCAUCUUUGAACGGCAACAACGGCAGUAUGAGGUAUUUUUCCACACACCCUGUUAUCAUUGUGAUAUUCAUCCUGUCAUUUCUCACUCUUGCACUCUUGAAAUUAUGAAAAACAUCUCCAUUCAUUCAAAUCCCUAGAACAAGGUUAAGUGGGAUCUUCACUCUGAUCCAUGCCAAUGGCAUGGUGUAAGUUGCAGCAAACAUGGGGAUGAUGUUAUAGGACUGGACUUGUCAAAUUUUGAUAUUGCUAAAAGUAUUUGGCAGUCUUCCUGUAAGUUGCCAGCCCUUCAACUCCUUAAUCUCAGUAACAACCACAUAGAAGGUCCAAUUCCGCAAUCGUGUUCUCUGAGCAAUCUGCGAACCCUUGAUCUAAGUUACAAUCAAUUGACAGGGCUUAUUCCUUCCCAAUUGUUUUCUUUGAGCAAUCUGCAUACUAUGAAUCUAAGCAACAAUCAACUGACAGGGCUUAUUCCUUCCCAAUUGUUUUCUUUGAGCAAUCUGCAAACUAUGGAUCUAAGCAACAAUCAACUGACAGGAUUUACUCCUCUGCAAUUGUAUUCUUUGAGCAAUCUGCGUAUGCUUGAUCUCAGCUACAAUGAAUUAACAAGGCUUAUUCCUUCGCAAUUGUUUUCUUUGAGCAAUCUGCAAACUAUGGAUCUAAGCUACAAUCGACUGACAGGAUUUACUCCUCUGCAAUUGUAUUCUUUGAGCAAUCUGCGUGUGCUUGAUCUCGGCUACAAUGAAUUAACAGGGCUUAUUCCUUCCCAAUUGUUUUCUUUGAGCAAUCUGCAAACUAUGGUUCUAAGCAAAAAUCAACUGACAGGAUUUACUCCUCUGCAAUUGUAUUCUUUGAGCAAUCUGCGCAUGCUUGAUCUCAGCUACAAUGAAUUAACAGGAUCCAUUCCCCCCCAGUUGUUCUCUUUAAGCAAUCUGGAGGAUGUGGACCUUUCCUUUAAUCAUCUUUCUAGAGAGAUACCUCGGAAUUUCUCAAGAAAUUUGUUGAGGUUAAGCAUUGAUAAUAAUAACUUGACAGGAACCAUCCCUUCUGCAAUUUCAAAUGCCCGAAAUUUGACACAUCUAGGAAUGAGUAACAAUUUUCUAAACGGUCCAAUUCCAGGGCAUCUAGGAAGUUGUACUCAACUCAAGUGGCUUGGACUGGAACAUAAUAGAUUGGGAGGUCCAUUGAACCAUGUGCUGCCUAAACUUCUACAGUUGACAGAUUUGUUCCUGUCAAAUAAUAUGUUUGAGGGAAGUAUUCUCGACGAUCUCUCAAAUUUAUCUAAUUUGACUUAUGUGGACUUGAGUGACAAUCUAUUAUCCGGCAACAUAUCCUCAAAAAUUUUCAAUCUUAGGCAGCUGAGAUCUUUGCUUUUACAGAAAAAUUAUCUAACACGAAUCAUCCCACUGAAUAUACAAAAUGGGAAGUCCCUGCAGGAGCUCAGAUUGGACUGGAACAAUCUUACAGGAAGGAUUCCAUCAGGAAUCGGCAACCUUCCCUUGCUUGGUAAGCUUGACUGGCAAAAUUACUAUUACAUUGGAUCUGACUGGCAACAAGACUCUACUCUGAAUCUGAGCCACAAUUCCUUGACAGGCAAAAUUCCUAUUACUCUGUGCAACCUGAGAUUUAAAGGCUCUUUGGAUUUUUCCUACAACAUGUUGACAGGCGAAAUUCCAGAGGCUUUAGGGAAUAUGAGUCAGUUUUUCGGGUUGGACCUAUCAAACAACAAAUUAACAGGAAAUAUUCCAGAGGCUUUAGGGAAUAUGAGGCAGCUUUCCGGGUUGGACCUAUCAAACAACAAAUUAACAGGAAAAAUUCCUAUUAGUCUGUGCUACAUGAGACUUAUGGAAUAUGACGGUGUUCUGGAUCUGAGCCACAACAGGCUAACAGGUGAACUUCCAGAGGCUUUAGGGAAUAUCACGGGGUUUUACUUGUUGAACCUAUCAAACAACAAAUUAGAAGGAAAAAUUCCAGUGUCUUUAAAGAAAAUCUCUUAUUUGGACCUGUCAAAGAACAAAUUAACAGGAAAUUUAGGGAAUUUUCCAGAGUAUUCUGACAUGGUGUACGGUGCCCUGAAUCUGAGCCACAAUUCUUUAACAGGAGAAAUUCCUAUUACUCUGUGCUACAUGAGCUUUACAGAAUAUAACGGUGUUCUGGAUCUGAGCCACAACAGGCUAACAGGUAAACUUCCAGAGGCUUUAUGGAAUAUCACAGGGCUUUACCAGUUGAACCUGUCAAACAACAAAUUAGAAGGAAAAAUUCCAGUGUCUUUAGGAAAUAUGAGUCAUCUUCAUUGGUUAGACCUGUCAAAUAACAAAUUAACAGGAACAAUUCCUGAGUCUUUAAAACGAAUCGAGCAUUUGAACCUGUCAAACAAUGAAUUAGUAGACAGCAUUCCAACCGGAAGAAGCCAUUCCGCGUUUAAAAUAUUGGGUGCAGCAGGUGCUGCUGCAUUUUUUAUAAUUUGUUGUCUAGUUUUGGGAGUUCUGUGGAUAAGGAACUUGCAUAGUAGAGCGGAAUUUAAACAAACAUUUCGUAAAAUCCUACAAAAGGUGGAGCAUCCACGGAUCUCGUAUGAAGAACUUCUUCAAGCGACCAAUAGAUUUCACAACUCCAAUCUACUAUCAACAAACAGCUUUGGAUCAGUGUACAAAGGAUAUUUGUCUGAUGGUACCCUUGUUGCCGUGAAGGUUCUCAAUUUAAUGCAUGAGCAAUCACACAAGAUUUUCAGAGCAGAAUGUAAAGUGUUGCAGAAGGCUCGACACCGGAAUCUUGCAAGAAUCAUAACCACAUGUUCCACCAUUCACUUCAAAGCUUUAAUCUUUGAGUAUUUUACUAAUGGAAGCUUAGAAAAGCACCUAAAUCUGGACAAUCAUAGAUUGGGACUGAGAAAACUGUUUAACAUAGCCAUAGAUGUAGCCCAUGCCGUGGAAUAUCUUCAUUAUGAUUGCUUCGUGCAGAUAGUGCAUUGUGACAUAAAACCAAGCAAUGUUCUUUUAGAUGAAAGCAUGACAGCUCAUCUUUCAGAUUUUGGGAUCUCCAGAUUGAUGGGAAGAAUCACGGCCAAUUCAGUAACUUCAACAAUAGAUUUAAAAGGCUCAGUGGGCUACAUCGCACCAGAAUAUGGAUUGAGUGGCAUGACGUCUCCACGGGGAGAUGUUUACAGCUAUGGUAUUUUGUUAUUGGAAAUGCUGACAAGGAGUCGGCCAACUGAUAACAUGUUUGAUGGUGAUCUGAACCUGCAUAACUGGGUGAAAAGGGCAUUUCUAAACAGGCCAUUUGAAGUAGUUGAUAAAAUCUUGUUUAUGGAAGGGGCUGACAAAGAAACAGAAGCAUGUCUCAUUUCACUGAUGCGUCUUGGUUUGCUGUGUUCAAGCGAUUCCCCUGAAGCUCGGCCCACUAUGAGAGAUGUAUCCAAUCUAUUGAAGAACAUUCAACAGGAUUUCACCACAGGCACUUCUUCUUCCACCAAAUUAAAACCCACUAUAUCCAAUUUAGUUGGUGACAGAGGUGCAAUGAUUAAUCGUGAGGAGGCAUCAGAUACUGAAAGCUCUACAUUUUAGUAUACUGUGACUAAAUGAAUGGUUACAUCCAUGGAGGUCUUGAAAAUUAAAAACAGUAGAUCAUGCUAUUGUAAAUUAUAGGCCAUGACUUAUGUUAACAUAAACUUACAUGAUGGGGGAAUCAAUUCUUUCUGGUCGAUGAUAUUUAAGUUAACCAUGUGACUGCUGUCGUCAGUUUGUUGGUCAGAUUUGCUGAACUGGUCUUCCCCAUUCUAUCAAUUAUGCUCUGUUCAGUGUUGUCUGUUGUAACAAUGCCAUUGUUUCGCCAAGUCUUGGACUCCUGUCUUUCCUUCUACCAUUUGUGAUAUAAGAGCUUUGAUAUAA